AUGGGCCAGAGGAAGGAUUUCGGUGUCCGUGGUGCUUCAGUGCUGCCCAUGGCUGGUGGACCGUGUGUUGCAUAUUCAAGUUUAGCUCGGAUGGGAUCGGAGCUGCAGCAUAACCCACCUGAUGCUAUCAUUGUGAUGCUGGGCACGAACGACGCUCGGCUUGGCCAUUGGAACGCGGAGGCGUUCAAAACUGAGUAUUGCCUGCUGCUGCAAAGACUUAUUGGACUGGAGCUCGAAUCUGAAAGUGAGGGCAGCCGGCGGCUGGUUCUCAUAGCUGUACCUCCCAGGGUCAUGCCAAAUUCUUGGGGAAUUGACGUCGGCAUUGCGGAGAAGGAGUUGGGCCUAGCAGUGGCAGAAGUGGCUCAGAAGAUGAGGAUGCCCCUGCUCAACUUGCGGGAAGCCCUUGAGCCAGCAGAAGGUUUUGUUGCUGACGGGGUUCACCUGAACCAGGCUGGUUCAGCCCUGGUCGCGGAGUUAGCUACACAUGCCCUUCUCGAGCAGCAGGGGGCAUGCCUGCUGCGUUUUGCGGCUCCAGGCGGCAUGCCCUUGGGAGGCUACGGGCGGACGGCUCCUACAGGUGUCAAGGUGAAGCUCCCGGAUUCCAGCCUGGAGAAGUCUUAUUCACCGGUAUCGUUGGCUUCUUCGAUCUGCUUGUCCGUGCAUAUCCCCCGCGAGAAGGAGGAGGGCUUGGUGCACAUCUAUGUGGAGAGCUUUAGUCACUUGGCUGGAGCUCCGCUGCGGCCCGGCCGCUGGGACUGGUUGGGCCUGGUGGCUGCUGGCACCGGCCUGGCGCCACUUCUCCAAGUGGCAGUGGAGGUCUUAUCCUGGAAAGAUAGUACCCGACUCUCUCUAGUUCUCGCUUGCCGCAGCGAAGACGAAAUUCUCAUGCGUGAGGACUUGGAGAAGCUCGCUCAACAUCCAUCAAUGGACGUCUCCGUUCAGCUUAGCAGACCGGGCCCUGGCUGGCCCCCGGAGUGCAGCGGACGCCUCUCCAAAGCGGAGAUAUGUGAGCCUGAGUACUGUGGAGAGGGCAAUCUUUCCUAUGUUGCAGAAGUGGCACACACAGCCUGCAAUGGCGACGCAUCUGCUCACGUUGGGCGCUGGGAAGGGGCUCUUGCACUGCUGGCGAGCAUGAGGAUGCGCCGUGUUUGCCCGAACGUUGUGAGCUACAGUGCAGCGGUUUCAGCAUGUGAGAAGAAGGGGGAGUGGCAACACGCGAUGCAGCUGCUGGAGACAAUGCGAGAACACGAAGUCUGGCCGAACGAUAUCACAUGCAACAGCGCCAUCAGCUCGUGCGAGCUUUGUGGGCAGUGGUUGGUGGCUGUGAACUUGCUGGAAUCGAUGUCCGCGUGGAACAUUUUGCCAGAUGUGAUCUCAUUCAACAGUGCCCUGAGCUCUUGUGAAUGGACGGGAUUCUGGCAGAUGGCACUAAGCUUGGUAGCUCGAAUGCAGCAAGAGCACCUGGCUCCAAAUAUACGCACCUGCAACAGCGUGAUUCACACAUUUCAAACAGAUAGCCAGUGGCAACGGGCGAGCAGCUUUCUCAGCUUUAUGAAGGCCAAGGUGGUAGUCCCUGACGUGACCACAUGCAGCAGAGCCAUUGAGUCUUGUGAGAGAGGCAAGAAGUGGCAGCUUGUUGCGGGCUUGGUGUGUUCCCUGCAGGAGUUCAACAUGGAAAAGAUGCUAAAGUCGUUGUACACAGACCAUUCUCGUUGCCAAAUUCUCGUAUGUGGUACAGAUGGCUUUGUGGACAGCAUCGCGGGUCCCAUUGAGCGUACCAAGCUACCCGACGGAGGAAAGAGGAAGAUGCAGGGCAAGCUGGGCGGUUUGCUUGCGGAGUUGGGAUACUCUUCAUCCCAAGUACACAAGUUCUGA